GCCCCUUGGAGUCCUCCAGGAGCCCGGGCAUCUGAGCCGCUUCUUUCGCGUCCCUUCCCCCUGAGGCUCUAUAGAUUCAGUCGACCUCAGGGCAGCGGGUGCGGAGGAGCGAGAGCCUUCCGGGCAGAAACGGGAUCCUCGCGCCGUCCGUCCUGCCGGAAAUGGUGACCUUCAGGGAUGUGGCAGUAGACUUCUCCCAAGAAGAAUGGGACUGUCUGACCCCUUCUCAAAGGCAUUUGUACAGUCAUGUGAUGCUGGAGAACUACAGGAUCUUGGUGUCCCUGGGCCUUUGCUUUUCUAAACCCAGAGUGAUCCUCCUGUUGGAACAAGGCAAAGAGCCAUGGACGGUGAAGACAGAGCUGACAGACAGUUUGUCCACAGAGUGGGAGUCUAUGUAUGUGACAGAAGAACUAGUCCCAAAGCAGGAACUUUAUGAUGAACAGUCACCAAGAAAUGUACUAGAAGAACUUAAAAGUAUCGGCCUUGAGUACCCCAGUCUGAUGGAAGAAUGGAGCUAUGAACAUCAUUUUGAGAGGCAAUCUGAGAAUCUAAAAGCAUAUUUCAAGGAGGAAACCAUUGCUUUUGAAGCUCUGAUUGAUAACAGAGCCUGGGAAAGUUUCUAUCAGAGCACAUUGCUUCAUACACAACAGACGACCCCCAAAGAGGAGAAUGCGUACAAACAAGGCAUGUACAAGAAGAGCUUGAGGAAGAGCUUGAGGACUGUUAAGCCCAAGAGCAUCUACAAAGAGAAGAAACUUUUGAAAUGCAGCGAUUGUGAGAAAGUCUUUAGCCAGAGUUCCUCCCUUACUCUCCAUCAAAGAAUUCAUACUGGAGAGAAACCCUACACAUGUAUGGAAUGUGGGAAAGCCUUCAGUCAGAGAUCAAACCUUGUUCAGCACCACAGGAUUCACACCGGAGAGAAACCGUACGAAUGCAAAGAAUGUCGGAAAACUUUCAGUCAGAAUGCACAUCUAGUUCAACACUUGCGGAUUCACACAGGAGAAAAACCUUAUGAAUGUAAGGUUUGCAGGAAAGCCUUCAGCCAGUUUGCCUACCUUGCUCAGCAUCAGAGAGUUCAUACUGGAGAGAAACCCUAUGAAUGUAUCGAAUGUGGAAAAGCCUUUAGCAAUAGGUCAUCCAUUGCUCAACACCAGAGAGUCCACACAGGAGAGAAACCUUACGAGUGCCGGGUCUGUGGGAAAGCAUUUAGCCUUCGAGCGUACCUUACUGUGCAUCAGAGAAUACAUACGGGAGAGAGACCCUAUGAAUGUAAGGAAUGUGGGAAGACCUUCAGCCAAAAUUCACACCUUGCUCAACAUCAGAGAAUUCAUACGGGAGAAAAACCUUAUAAAUGCCAGGAAUGUAGGAAGGCCUUCAGUCAGAUUGCCUACCUUGCUCAGCAUCAAAGAGUUCACACCGGGGAGAAACCUUAUGAAUGUAAUAAGUGUGGGAAGACGUUUAGCAAUGACUCAUCCCUUACUCAACACCGGAGAGUUCAUACUGGAGAAAAACCUUACAAAUGUAAUGAUUGUGGGAAGGCUUUCAGUUACUGUGGAUCUCUUGCCCAACAUCAAAGAAUUCAUACAGGAGAGAGACCCUAUGAGUGUAAGGAAUGCCAGAAAACCUUCAGGCAGCAUGCGCAUCUCGCUCAUCAUCAGAGAAUUCACACCGAGGAGCCUCUCAUGCCACCCAGUCCAGGCAAUCACCAAGUCCUGUAAAUCCCAUCUCCUAAAUAUUUCUGCAAUUUAUGUUUUCUGUCUUUAAUGAGGAUUACCGCUAUACUGUUCUAAUGGACUUUCCAGUAUCUAUUAUUACUGUCUUCAAAUCCUUUUCCUGUAAUGUACCCAAAAUGAUGUUAUUUUGAGGUGGGAUCUUGCGUAAUGCAAGCUGGCCUUAGACUCACAGUGUAGCCAAGGCUGACCUCAGCUCAUCAUUUUCUUGUCUCUGUCUCCCAAGUGCAAGUGCUGGGAUUACAACUGUGCGCUACCACAACACCAGAUCUUUUUUUGUUUGUUUGUUUUUUGUUUUUCGAGACAGGGUUUCUCUGUAUUGUUUUAGAGGCUGUCCUGGAACUCACUCUGUAGACCAGACUGGCCUCGAACUCACAGAGAUCCUCCUGCCUCUGCCUCCCGAGUGCUGGGAUUAAAGGCAUGCACCACCAGCGCCCGGCUAACCAGCAGAUCUUUUUAAAGUGUAAGAAUAAUGCGUCACCAUCUCCACCUAAAAUUGUCUUUUGCUUGCUAUUGGUUUUAGACAACGCCCUUUAAAAUUAUAUAUAAGACUCUUCA